CUCCCACGUGAUCACGUUUGGUCAGAUUUUGGUCUUGUUGAUCAGUAAUAUUCAUAAGUUCAAGAGGCCAGCAGUUUCGAUUCCUGCCUUGGACAUUUUAGGGAUAUCAGUUUUUUGGAGAACAUUUUAUCACCCUUGUAUCAUCCCCCCCCUUGCAUGGAACCACCCGCUCCCAAGGUCGACCCCACUCACGGCCGUUGCUUGAUCACUCGUCAACAUGGUCGUAGUGUUCAGAGAUGCCAUAUUAUCCGUCAAUCAGAACCGUCGGACGCAAUAUUCAGACUUGAACUUUGGUGGGGAAUGAGCUUUCGUUCUCUAGACUUAUCCUCCACGAAAAACACCAUAUUGCUACGGGCAGAUCUUCACUGGCUGUUUGAAUGUGGUCGAUUUGGUUUGCUGCCCUCCAAAGAUAUUAUUGACAAAGUUAGUGAUCAUGUCAAAAGCAUCAGAGGCAGACGAUGUGUCUCACCCAUCCUUGAUAUUUAUUCAGGUGCUGAAGUUUUUGAUUAUAUCCUUGUGCCAUUCCAGGAGAUGAAGCAUGUUGCAAUCCCUCGGCUCCGACUAGCACAAGGAACGACCCCGAUUCUUAGUAAAAACGACGUCUCUGGCGUAGAUUGUUAUACAUAUCCGUUCCGGGAUUUAGGCCCGUUGCGCUCGCACAUUCUUCCUCAUUUCGCCAUCUAUGAUCUUGGCUCAAAGAUUCUCAGGAUCGAUUCAUCGGAAUUCUAUCGCACUGGAUAUGACUUGAGCCAAAUUCGCCAUAUCUUUAGAGAGUGGGUUUGCGACCUUGAGGAGUCACUUGUCGGCGGAAAACGCGAAGUGGAACCCGUUUCCAACAAGAGAAAAAGGCGUCGUGCCCCAUGAUGUCUGAUUCGGAGUAUUUAAUGCACAUCUUUCAUCCCAUUCCCUUGAUACCCUGC